CUUGUCAUUCUCUCUCUCCUCUACCUCUUUCUAUUCUCUCUUGGCCCUCUCGGUCUCACUUGCUUCCUUCUCUGCAUCUUCAUCUUCCCGUCGUUGAAGAAUUUGUUUGGAUUUUGGAACCAUAGUUUCUCUCACUCUCGUUCUAGUCGUUGAGAAAAUUCGAGCUUUGCUUCCAUUUAUUGUAUGUUCUUGAAUCACGGUACGAAAUGAUGGCCGAGAAUGAGACCAAGAACGAGGGAGCUGCCGACUCUCCGACUUCCGUGCUAGAAGACGAGGGGAUUUGUAAGGAGGAAGCCAGAGUCGGAUCAGAGGAUGAUGACAUUUUGUCUUUUGAGGCAAAAAAUGGAGACUCUUCCCUUAUAUCAAGAGCAAUGGCCAAGGAGGAAGAGAUGUUACAGGAAGCUCGGUUCAAGGAGGAGGAAUAUGAGAGAGAAAAAAGGGAGGGGGAGGCUCCGGUAAUGAAUGAUACACAGUUCACCAAAUUGGACGAGCUCCUGACUCAGACUCAAUUAUACUCAGAGUUCCUAUUGGAAAAGAUGGAAGACAUCACAUUUAAUGUAGAGGAGGAUCAGAAUCAAGAAAAUUCCAAAGGGAAGAAAAGGGGUCGUGGUGCAAAGAGGAAGGCAGUGAGUCAAUACAACAAUAGGAAAGCCAAGAAAGCAGUUGCUGCCAUGCUAACACGAUCUCAAGAAGGCAUGGCUCCUGAGGAUGCCAACCUCACUGAGGAGGAGAGAGCUGAGAAAGAGCAGGCUGAACUUGUACCAUUGUUGACUGGUGGAGAACUAAAGCCUUACCAAAUCAAAGGGGUGAAAUGGUUGAUUUCUUUAUGGCAGAAUGGACUCAAUGGGAUCCUGGCAGAUCAAAUGGGGCUUGGCAAAACGAUUCAGACCAUUGGUUUUCUUGCUCAUUUGAAGGGGAAGGGCUUAGAUGGGCCUUACUUAGUAAUAGCUCCUCUUUCUACUCUCUCUAAUUGGGUAAAUGAAAUUUCAAGGUUUGCUCCCUCAAUGAGUGCGGUAAUUUACCAUGGCAACAAGGAAGAAAGGCAGGAGAUAAGGAAGAAGUACAUGCCCAAGGCAAUUGGGCCAAAAUUCCCAAUCAUUGUUACUUCUUAUGAGGUUGCUUUGAAUGAUGCAAGAAGAUAUUUGAGCCAUUACAGUUGGAAAUACCUUGUGGUUGAUGAGGGGCAUCGUCUGAAAAAUACAAAUUGCAAAUUAAUCAAAGAGUUGAAGUUCUUGAAUGUUGAGAAUAAGCUUCUACUAACUGGAACACCUCUGCAAAAUAACUUGGCUGAGCUAUGGUCACUAUUGAACUUCAUUUUGCCUGAUAUUUUCUCAUCACAUGAAGAGUUUGAGUCAUGGUUUGAUCUGUCAGGGAAGUGCAGCAAUGAAGCUGAACAAGAAGAACUAGAUGAGAAGAGAAGACUUCAAGUUGUGUCAAAACUCCAUGCUAUAUUGCGUCCAUUUCUUCUUCGAAGAUUGAAGUCAGAUGUUGAGCAGAUGCUUCCUCGAAAAAAGGAAAUCAUUUUAUAUGUCAACAUGACUGAACACCAGAAGAACAUCCAGGAUCAUUUGGUCAAUAGAACAUUGGAGAAUUAUUUACAAGAGAAAGCAGAUGACAGGCGUGGUAUGAAAGGAAAACUGAACAAUUUGAUGGUUCAACUUCGAAAGAAUUGCAAUCACCCUGAUCUCUUGGAAUCAGCUUUUGAUGGAUCGUACUUGUAUCCACCUAUUGAACAGUUAGUGGAGCAGUGUGGAAAAUUUCGCUUGCUGGAUAGACUAUUGGAGCAACUGCUCGCUCGCAAACACAAAGUUCUGAUCUUCUCUCAGUGGACAAAGGUUUUGGAUUUAAUUGACUACUACUUUAGUGAGAAAGGGCUUGAAGUUUGUAGGAUUGAUGGCAGUGUGAAACUGGAUGAAAGAAAAAGACAGAUUCAGGAGUUCAAUGAUGUAAACAGCAAUGUUAGAAUAUUUCUUCUCAGCACCAGGGCUGGUGGACUGGGAAUCAAUCUCACGGCUGCUGAUACCUGCAUACUCUAUGAUAGUGAUUGGAACCCUCAAAUGGAUUUGCAGGCCAUGGAUAGAUGCCACAGGAUUGGGCAAACCCGUCCUGUUCAUGUCUACAGACUUGCGACAGCCCAAUCAGUAGAAGGUCGUAUACUGAAGAGAGCUUUUGGUAAGCUGAAGCUUGAACAUGUGGUUAUUGGGAAAGGGCAGUUCCAACAAGAAAGAACCAAGUCUAAUCCUUUGGAGGUCUUUGAGGAAGAUCUAUUGGCUCUUUUGCGGGAUGAAGAAGAUGCUGAAGAUAAGAUGAUUCAAACAGACAUCAGUGAUGAAAAUCUUCAGAGGGUAUUGGACCGGAGUGACCUGAUUGGAGACGACUCAUCUGUUGGUGAUGCUUAUCCCCUUAAAGGCCCUGGUUGGGAGGUGGUGAUAGCAAAUAAGACUGGGGGCAUGCUGUCUACACUGAAUAGUUGACAGAUACCUUGCAAUUGGGUUCCAACUAUGGUCAUACAUUUUAGUCUGCAUUUAGGACGUCUCACUGUCCCUGCAGAAAUUUUGUAUUUAGUAGACCAGAAAUUUUAUUUCGAGUAGAAAAAGCUUGCAGAGGCCUUCCUAUUUUGUACAUGUCAGAGAAGGCUGUAAAAGGCUCAGGUGGGAGCUGAUUUUAUGAUGGGGUUCCUUUUUCGUUGGGUGCUUUCCUGUUUGUGGUUAGGAUGUAGAAAUUCCCAUUUCAAGGGCCCUCAAUUUGAAUAGUUAAUGCAUUGCCCGAGAUAAUAGGCAGACAGAAGUAUUUGAUAGCUUGUUAUCAUUUUGCUGUUUCUAGA